AAAUCAUUGUAUCUUUAUCAAAUGUUUCUAUUUCUUGGAUUAGAUCCUAGUUUGUAUUUUGAGUGUUAAUGGAUCAAUUUUGAAAACAGUGAGUUAAGGUGAAGUAAAAUCGGUGUUUGUAAUUCGAGUUUGACAACUAGCGAGUGCUGGUUGUUUUUGCGGCGUCGAAAUUGCAACUUUCCGGCACCGGCUCCGGCUCCGAACUUCAAGAUGCCCGUCAGAUGGAUUCUUCACUGGCAACCAAGCCAAGGAGCAGUAGUAAACAGUCACAUACUUAACGAAAUCUCACAGUGCGUUGAGAAUUUGAACGGCGUCAAAGAUGGAAGAACCAAAGCUACUCUCACUUUCUAUAGACCCAAUUUACGUGACCAAUCAUUGAGUUCUGAAUUCCCUCGCGACUUUCUCGGGAUUUCAUUGAUGGAACAACCCAACAAAUAUUACUUCAUUAUUCGUGGUCAUAAGCUUGCUGUUGAAGCUGAUUCUUCCAUUUUGACUAUCAUGGAGAAACUUCAGUCCUAUAAAUCUAAAGUUACCCUUAAUUUUGAGGGUACACAGUAUAAACUGGGUGACUUUCAGGUGAGAAUGAUUAAGGUUGUUCCAAAUCAAGCUGAAAAUUUGAGGGGCAUUUUAAUGGAGAUUGAGUAUCUUCCUAAUUCUUCAGUUGAAAAAGUCAAGCCAAUUAUGGAAGAGUUCAUUGAAAUAUGGCGAGACGUGCUGUCCAAAAAAUCAUUACCUGGCCAGUUCAUGCGAACGGAACCAAUUUUUGUAGAAUACGGGCUCUCUGACCAUUACACUUGGCAACACACAGCUGUUCAAUAUGCUGCUGCAUUGGCCCAACUAAUUGCAUCAGUGCAAGUAAGGAAUUAGUUAGGACCAUUGAAGGUUUUCCAUUCUCAUCAAAAGGCAACAUAAAUGUUCUUCCUGUUUCUUACUUUCCCUCAUUCUUAACACCAAGAAUGUAAAAUAUUGAGACUGUGAAAGUGGAUUUUUGUUGCCCGUCUCCUGAAGUACAAUAUUAUUUAUUGAUGUUGCUAA